AUGGAUCCACUCGUGACGAACCUCGUCGAACCACAAGACGAUUCAUCGCAAGCGCCUUCCAAACUAGCGGAAGAUGUGAAGCCAGAAGACGACCUCUUGAUACUCAAGCCAGUACAAGAAAGAACUCAACACGAUGUUUCCGAGAAUCUCGGCUUCGCUCUCACGGAGGAAGCUGUCCCAGCAGCGAGCGUAGGUGCACCGCCAUCAGAAAGCGGGAACCUGGACUGCGCAACCCAUCACUUCACCUCAAACACUGCGAUAGCCGAUCUCGUACCGGAGCUGUUCACUGAAAACAUCAUGGCCAAAGUCCUUCGAACCGCACAGGCUGCUAUGUCCUCCCUUCCUACCGCAUUUCCAGAGAUUGUCCCACAGCAGGACAACCACGAUGGUAGCUAUAGCUUACGCGAAGCUGACUUUUGGACUUGCGGCUUCUUCCCCGGGACCAUGUACAGCAUGUUGGAGAGGCUCAUUAAAUACCCUCAGCGUAUGCAUCUCUCUAGUUCGGUUGAUCUGAAACAUCUUCGAAAUCAACUCACUAUCUUAUGUCGCACCUGGGCCGAGCCGAUUCGAGGUAUGGACGAGCGAACCGAUACCCAUGAUAUCGGUUUCAUUGUCAUGCCAGCACUCCGCACUGACUGGGAACUGUUCGGAAAUCAGCAGAGUCUGGAUUCUAUCGUCAAGGCUGCGCAUAGUCUGGCGACGCGAUAUGUUCCUACAGCUGGUGCCAUUAGAAGCUGGGACUUGCUGAAGAAGAAGAACAUAGAGAUCAUCGACCAAGAUGAGAAUAUGAUCGUUAUCAUCGACAGCAUGUGUAAUCUCGAUCUGCUGUAUUAUGCGGCACAUCAUGCGCAAGACUCCAAACUUGCGGAAAUUGCCACUACACACGCUGCCACACUCUUGCACAGCCAUCUGCGGCCCGAGCCAAUGCUAUCCGCAUCAAAAGAUGCCUACAGGGGUCAAUGGUAUUCGACUUGCCACGUCGCAAACAUUGAUCCAAGAACAGGCGAAUUGAAGCAACGAAUAACGGCACAAGGAUAUGAGCACGAUUCGACGUGGAGUCGUGGCCAGGCAUGGGGUAUACUCGGAUACGCGGAGACGUACAUGUGGACAAGAGACCAUAGGUUCCUGGAGGCAGCCUGUGGACUCGCAGAAUAUUUCUUGUAUCGUCUAAAGACAUCACCUGUCUGUGUGUCUUGUGCGCGCUACGUGCCUUUGUGGGACUUUGAUGCACCAAUCGAGAACGAGGAUGAACCGUUGCGCGACUCUUCUGCAGGCACCAUCGCCGCCAACGGAAUGCUAUUGCUAUCGCAAGCAUUAGCGGGUAUCGGGCAGACUCAGUUGUCACUGAGAUUUCGGAACACAGCGUUGCGCAUAGUUCAAGACACACUCAGCUUUGCGCUAGCACCAGAGAAGGCUCGGCUUGUCAGUGGCUCAUAUCAUCAGAUUCGUGCGGAGGAGACAUCGCCAGAACGUCGUUACGAUGGGAUGUUGAAGUUUGGAACUGCAAACAACAAUGCGAAUGCGCGUAAGCGUUACGCCAAUCAUGGCCUAGUUUAUGGAGACUACUAUCUGGUGGAAUUUGGUAAUAGGUUGUUACGAACGGGCCUAGUAUAA